AGAUCCACAAUACAUUGUCUCUUAUGAAUGUUGUGGAGUUGUGGUAACGUUUGGUUGAAGAAGAAAUUGGGCUUGGGUAGGUAAAGUGGGCUAGAGAGUGAGUCCCUGGAUGAAGGACACGUAACCUUUUCCAUCGUACCACUUCCCAUCUUCACACACAAACCAAUCAUCCCUUUCUCUCCCUUCUUUUCUCUUUGCCCUAAUCCACUCCGCAGAUCUGUUCCCUCCAUUUUCAGUGGCCAGGUGCAUUACGUCUUAGCUUUAAGGCAUUACAAGUUGUAGAUACAGUUAAUACUCGCUAUGGAGCUGAGUACUAUUAAAGAUGCUUUUGAUCGUGUUACUAAGAAGCAGAAAUUAUCUUGUUCCAAGACCCAAGAAGCAAUUGAUCAGAUCAGACAGGAAAUUGAGUGUGUUUUAGACACAAUGCAGUCAGUGAAGAACGCUGACCAUGGACUUGAUUAUAAAACUGUUCUGAAUGAGCUUAAGGCCAGUUUACUUAAAAUUGCUCCGGUUAGUCAAAUGGAAGGUACACAGAAGGAGCUAAAUGUAGCACUCAGCAAGUAUGGGAAAUUUCUUGAGAAAUAUUUCAACCCUGAUAUAUCCAAGGCUUACAGAAAUAUUGACAUUGAUAUACAUACAUUAAACCAAAUAAUUGCCAACCAUUUUUAUCGCCAGGGCCUUUUUGAGAUAGGGGACCAUUUUAUGAGUGUGGUUGGAGAGUCUGAAUCUGCUGCCAUCAUGAAAUCUCCAUUCCUGGAAAUGUAUCAAAUACUUGAAGCAAUUCAGAAUCAGAACCUUGAGCCGGCACUCAUCUGGGCUGCGGCUAAUUGCGACAAACUUGCUCAAAGUGGAUCUGAUAUUGUGUUGAAACUUCACUCCAUGCAAUUUGUGAAAAUUCUUCAAAUUGGAAGUAGAGAUGAUGCUCUUCAUUAUGCUCGAACGCACCUUUCUCCUUUUGCUUCCAGUCACAUGGCUGAUAUUCAGAAGCUUAUGGGAUGUCUUCUAUGGACUGGAAAGCUUGAUCGGUGUCCCUACCAUGCAUUACUAUCCCCAUCUAACUGGGACAAGCUGGCUGAGGAACUUAAAAAGCAGUUCUGCAAUCUUUUGGGUCAGUCUUACAAUAGUCCAUUGAGCGUGACCGUUGCAGCAGGGGUUCAGGUUUUGCCACCUCUUCUCAAAUUUAUGAAUGUAAUGGCUGGGAGGAAGCAUGAAUGGCAGUCUAUGAACCAGUUGCCUGUGCCGGUUGAGUUGGACCGUGAGUUCCAGUUCCAUUCUGUUUUUGUUUGUCCCGUCUCAAAGGAACAAGCAACUGAGGAUAACCCCCCGAUGUUGAUGACCUGUGGUCAUGUCCUCUGUAAGCAAUCUAUCUUGAAGAUGUCCAAGAAUAGCACCAAAGUGUUUAAGUGUCCUUAUUGUCCCUAUGAUAUUGAUGCAGCACAAUGCAGGCAGCUAUACUUUUGAUGUUGAUGAAUUUGUAUGAAACUCAUGUAUAAACUUGAAUCAUGUGGUAGCAAUAGGUGUAAACCGUGUAUGGCGUUUGCGAAAGCCCAUGCCUAGUUGUGAUGUCUUGUCUGUUUCAUAAAUUUGUUGUAAAUAGAAAUUCUUUUUAAUUUGGAUAUGACCAGAGAUCAUUUGAAUAAGCUUUGAUA